CGGUGUCGGUGUCUCUCAGUGAGACAGGGGACGACAUGAAGCUGCUGCAGGUGGGCUGUUGCUCGGCGACUGGCCUACGGCUGUGUCAGGUCUCUGCUCGCUUUGUCUGUAGUCAGCUGAGGUUUUUCAGUGCAUUGUCAGAUGAAAAGAAAGCACUUCUACAAGAGGGACCUGACCUCCAGGAGUUUAUAAGCGGCGGAUUGUCAGACAAGAAAUCAUGGGAAGAAUAUAGGGGGAUCUUGAAGCGUCAAAAAGGAGAAAGACUUAGAUUGCCUCCAUGGUUGAAGACAGAGAUUCCUCUUGGAAAAAAUUAUAACAAGUUGAAGAAUACUCUUCGGAAUUUAAAUCUGCACACUGUAUGUGAAGAGGCAAGAUGCCCAAAUAUUGGUGAAUGCUGGGGAGGUGGAGAAAAAGGCACUGCUACCGCCACCAUUAUGUUAAUGGGUGAUACCUGCACAAGAGGAUGUAGGUUCUGUUCAGUAAAAACCAGUCGUAAUCCUCCACCCUUAGAUCCAGAUGAACCUUUCAACACAGCAAAUGCAAUAGCAGAGUGGAAUCUUGACUAUGUUGUACUAACCUCUGUGGACAGAGAUGAUCUUCCAGAUGGUGGAGCAAAACACUUUGCAACAACUGUAUCACACUUGAAAGAAAGACAUUCAAAAAUUAUAGUAGAAUGCCUGACACCUGACUUCAGAGGAGACCUAAAAGCUGUUGAAACAGUUGCAGUUUCAGGACUCGAUGUAUACGCACACAAUGUGGAGACUGUCCGGGAGCUGCAGAGGACUGUUCGGGACCCUCGGGCAAGGUUUGACCAAUCGCUGUCUGUAUUAAAGCAUGCAAAGGAGGUAAAACCUAGUCUUCUUUCAAAAACAUCGAUAAUGUUGGGACUCGGCGAGACGGAUUCUCAGGUGUAUGCAACUCUGAAAGAACUACGAGAGGCUGGAGUGGAUUGUGUUACAUUGGGGCAAUAUAUGCAACCAACAAAGCGACAUUUAAAGGUGGAUGAGUACAUAACUCCAGAGAAGUUUAAGUAUUGGGAAAAUGUGGGGAAUGAACUUGGAUUCCUGUACACAGCAAGUGGACCCCUGGUGCGGUCUUCAUACAAAGCAGGUGAAUUUUUCUUGAAGAAGAUACUUCGUGAAAGAACGGCUGACGAGAAUUAGGUGAUUGAAAAUUGUCAAACUUAUGAUCUUGGAAAACCAAAAUGACACUUCUUGUACUUGGUGCAGUAUUUGAAAGGAAUCUGUCUGUGAUUGCUCUGAGAAUGUGAUAAUGGGUGGUAUUGAAUUACUGCAAACUUUAUGAUGGUGUUAGGGAAUGUAAACAUCAAUUAUAAACUGCCUGCUUCUGUAGAGUCCUUCCUUAAGAUAACUUUUCCUUUUGGUUAAAAGUCAAGCUAAAUUUUGACUGGAAUUCGGAAGAUGUAUUCUGUAAACUGUUGAGCUUUCAAAUGUCUUAGAUUUUUAAGCAAAUUAUAUUGUGGAAACAAGGCAGUUGGUUUGAUGAUGAAAUGGAGAAGUUGGUUGUACAAAUUGGUCAUUGUACAAUAGAUUGUUGUACUCAAUUACUUGUUCAGUUGAAGUCAUAGGUUGUUUACUCGACAUAAGAGGUCAUUCGACCUGUGGAAUCCAUGCUGGCUCUCUGUAACUGUAAUUCAGCUAGUUAUGUUUGCUAGAUUUUAAUGUCAAGGCACACCCCGUUGGAUAUGCAGGCUUUCUUACAGCAGUUAGCUCAGUUGACUGGACAGUUAAUUUGACAUGUAGAGUGAUGCCAACAAUGGAGGUUUAAUUUCCACAUCAACUGAGGUUCUCAUGAAGCACUGUCCUUCCCAACCCCCUCCCCUCAUCUAAGACGUGGUGACACUCUCAUUAAAACACCACCAGCUGUCUCUACUGAGAGAACAGCCCUGUGAUCCAGCAGGACAGUGGUAGCUUUACUUUUACAGACAUCCUUCUUGAAGGAAUCUAACCCAGGUCCAGAUAGCUGAAGUUUAUCACUCCAGAUCCAAUCUUGUACAUUCUUACUGCACUCUUUUCAAUUCCUUCUCAACUUUGUUGAAGUGUUAUGUCCAGAACUGGAUAAUUGUCUGGUUGAUAUCAUAUGACCGUUCACUGGAAAAUCCUUGCUUUUGUAUUCAAUGCUUCUAUUUAUAAAACUGGAGAUUCCACAUGCUUCAUUAAUUGAUUUUCUCAUUCUGCCGUACCAUUUUAAAUGACUUUUCCCUUCCUUCCUGCACAUCUUUGUUAAUCUUUUGUAAAUUGGGUUAAACAGUAUGCUGAAUUAUGUAUUUCUAAAACAUCAGAGAUGCACUAAUAUAAUCACUUAGAAUGUUUUACAUGUGUAACAUUCAGUUUGGUGUGAACCUGAUGCUGGUAAAUGAAAACUGAAUACAUCCUUAAACACUGAAGUAUUGUACUGUCAUAUGGGUUUAAAAAAACUUGUAAUGAACAAAAUGUGAUAUUAAUAAAAUUAACUACAACACA